AUGUUCCGCGCUCAGGCCCGCCGCGCUAGGAGCCACCGUUUCCGCCACGCGCGCCCCUGCGCGGACCGGUCCACCUGCCACCGUGAGAGGCGCGGCGCGGGCGGGCCCAUGGCGUCCGCACCCCGCGGCUCCCUGGGCCUCCUGCUCUGGCUCCUGCUCCUCCAGCCCCCGCUGCAUGCGGCGCAGGGCGGGUCCGCGAGGCCCCCAUCCUCCCCGUCGUCGUCGUCGGGGGGCGGCCGGUGUGGCCAAGUAGUCGCGAAAAUCUUGGGAGGAAAGGAGGCCGAAGAGGGGAAGUGGCCUUGGCAGGUGAGCGUGAGGAUCAGUGAGAAACACGUGUGCGGAGGCUCCCUCAUCACGCAGCAGUGGGUGCUGACUGCAGGCCACUGUAUUUUAAGCCGAUUCCACUACAGUGUCAAGAUGGGAGAUCGGAGUGUCUAUAAAGAAAUCACCAGUGUUGUGAUCCCCGUCCGAAACAUCAUCAUCCACCCUCAGCUCUCAGUAGUUGGAACCGUUCAAAAGGACCUUGCCCUUCUCCAGCUCCUCUACCCUGUAAACUUCACCGUGACCAUCCAGCCUGUCUGGAGCAAUGAGGUGGCCAGAGAAGAGGGCUGCAGUCGGAAUCCGUGUGGCCUGGAGCGCUGGGCCAAGUUUUUCGACGCCAUCCGGGCAGGACUAAAAGUGGCCCCGGGAGACUCUGGGGGCCCACUGGUCUGUAAAUUUAAGGACACAUGGGUCCAGGUGGGAAUCGUGAGCUGGGGCAUUGGCUGUGGUCGUGGAGAUGUGCCUGGAGUUUAUACAGAUAUCGCUUGCUAUGCUGAGUGGAUACUUGACGUGAUUAACCAGGCUGCCUCUUUGUGUCCAGUGGUGUUCCUCAUCCCACUUCUGUGCCUGCUGCUGCCCCUGGGCAUCCUGGUGGCCCCGUGA